UUUCUCCUUUUUUGAACUAGAAAGUUGGAGGUUGUGGUGUAAAAGUUGAGGCUUUUCUCCACUCUUUUAACCGCCGCCACCACGCUCACUAUCGCCUAACGUCUCCUCAGACAUACUCUCACACACCAUGACCUCCGUAUGCUGCUUUCAGUUGAAGGUCAACCCCACCUCAUCGAUAUCAAAGCCUCAGACCCACCUGAGAUUCAACCCAUCCACAUUUGCACUACCAUCAUCCUCUUAUUCUAAAUCCGGCGAGCCCCAACCCCUGUACUCCUCCGUCAAAUCUUUUGCCCCCGCCACAGUGGCCAAUCUGGGACCAGGCUUCGACUUCCUGGGCUGCGCCGUCGACGGAAUCGGCGACUACGUCAACCUCCGAAUCGACCCGGAAGUCCACCCGGGAGAGGUCUCCAUCUCCCACAUCUCUGGCGCGGGCUCCAAGCUCAGCAAGAAUCCCCUCUGGAACUGCGCCGGCAUCGCUGCCAUCGCCGUCAUGAAGAUGUUGAAGGUCCGAUCGGUAGGUCUCUCACUCUCACUUGAGAAAGGUCUCCCUCUCGGCAGUGGUCUUGGCUCCAGCGCCGCAAGCGCUGCCGCAGCCGCCGUUGCUGUCAAUGAGUUAUUCGGAGGCCCUUUGUCAACGUCUGAGCUCGUGAUCGCGGGCCUUGAGUCGGAAGCAAAGGUCUCUGGCUACCACGCGGACAAUGUAGCGCCAUCUAUACUGGGAGGUUUUGUCUUAAUUCGUAGCUACGAUCCUCUCGAACUGAUGCAGCUGAAGUUCCCCCAUGACAAGAAUCUAUUCUUUGUACUGGUGAAUCCAGAAUUUGAAGCUCCCACCAAGAAGAUGAGGGCGGCAUUACCACCAGAGAUCACGAUGUCUCACCACGUGUGGAAUAGCAGCCAAGCAGGGGCUUUAGUGGCAUCAGUGUUGCAAGGGGACCUUAAUGGCUUGGGAAAAGCACUGUCAUCAGAUAAGAUAGUGGAGCCUAGGAGGGCUCCUUUGAUCCCAGGCAUGGGUGCUGUCAAGAAAGCAGCUAUUGAAGCGGGGGCGUUUGGAUGCACGAUAAGUGGGGCUGGGCCAACCGCCGUGGCGGUGACAGACAAUGAGGAGAGAGGUCGGGAAAUUGGGGAGAGAAUGGUGGAGGCCUUUAUGAAGGAAGGAAAUUUGAAGGCCUUGGCAAUGGUCAAGCAACUUGACAGAGUUGGGGCUAGGCUUGUCAGCAGUGUUCCCAGAUGAUUUAACUUCAUGAUGUUAACUGUUUGGAGAUUCCACUCACGGCCUGUGCAUUUGAUCGGCAAUGUUGGAUAUAUGAGUUCAUGCCCUAACUGCAAUUGGUUUGAAUUUGUCUAGAGUUGCAGGACAAUGCUUCUUUUUCAUUGUAGUUUCUUAGAGUGCACUCAUUUACUUGGUCGUUGAGAAUUCUUGCCUGUUUGAGCAAACCAUUGUAAAAGUAAUGGUGGAGAAGUGAUUUGCAAUCAAUAAUUUGGCUAUACCUGUCUUUUGCCAAUGUAGUUGAAGCAUAUAA